UCUGGGCGAGCGCGGUCUGGGAUCUGGACUUCACCGAGACCGAGCCUCUGGAUCCCGGGAUAGCAGAGGCCAUCACGGAAGAUGGGCUCGAUGCUUUCACAUGGCUUUACCAGUCUCUGUCGCCCUUUGCUGCGGAGGACCGGGAGAACAGAGCGAAUAUCUGGACCUUGUUUGCCGAAAACAACUUCUCCCAUAAUGCUCUCGUGGCCGUGUUGCAUCACUUUGUCCAAGCGGGCCAGCAUAAAAGAGCGGACGCACAGCAGAGGGUUUACGCGCUGCACGCGGCUGGGUUGUACUUCUUACUGCUGGAAAUCCCAGCACGUGACCAGCUAGGAGGAGUCAAUCAGCUGGUGAACCUGCUGGAGAACGUCGUGGCUGAUGACAUGUCAUAUGGAUACAGCUCCCAGGACAAUGCCUUUGUCCUGGCCAUCUAUUUGGCUGCCAGAGCAAAUGGAGAGGUGGCCAGACGAUUUGAUGCUCUCUCCAUGGAAGAGAUACUGGAAGAGGAGGAGGAGGAGGAGGAGGAAGAGGAUUGUGAAAAUGUUUACUUUUCAACGGAUGAUCUUCUUCAAGUUCGCAACUCGAUCUUCCUUCUGUUGAAAAACUUCCUAAGACUUCUACCAAAGUUCUCCCUCAAAGAUAAACCUCAAUGUGUGCAGAACUGCCUGCAGAUCUUUGUUGGAAUGACAAACUUCGAGCCAGCAGUACAUGAGUUUGAGUUUUCAGCAGCAAUGAAUGUUAACGAAGCCAAGUAUGUUCCCGAGCUGGCCUAUCGUGGACUGCGAUUAUUGUGUUCCCCUCUACAUGGUGCAGAAGAUAAGAUUCUUCGUUGUGUCUUCCAGCGAAUCCUCAAUGUCAUUCUUAUGCUGGAAAGUGGUGCGGGUUCCAGACGUGCAGUCCUUCCAAUCACGUCAGCUGUGAUCAGCGCCAGGAAUCAGGCUAUAAAAUUCAUCAGUUCCGUAGUAGAUGAGCUGAAAGAAGUUGUUUUUCCUGUUCUUCGAAUAUUACUGCAGCAUAUCUGUACCAAGGUCCCAGAUAAGGCUGAUUAUCGCAUGUAUGCUGCACAGGCCUUGGUGAAUUUGCUGGAUAAACUUCCUUGUAUAGAGUUUGCUGACUUCAUCGCUUGGCUUUAUAAAUACUCCCGCAACGCUAAAAUUGCCUACAGAGUGUUUGCUCUUGAUGUAGCGUUAGCUUUGUUGGAUGUGCCCGAGAGGAACUUGGACAGCUCCUUGCCCCCGGAUCAUCAGAAGUUUCUAAAGCAUAAGUUUUUGGUACAGGUCAUGGUGUUUGGCCGGUGUUCAGACAAAGCACCCGUGGUCCGUAGCAAAGCGUUAAGCAGCUUUGCACACUGUCUCGAAACGAAAGCUGCUGCUACCUCGGAGAGCAUACAGGACUUAUUACAAAGCUCUGUGUCCAAUCAUUCGCUGAAGACCUUACCGACUUUCAAAAGCAUUGAGUUGACAGACCACAGCAAUACCACUAUGCUUGAUG